AUGGAGGAUCCCGUGGAGGAGUGUUCUGACGCAGAGGCGGCGCCCUGCACGCCGCCCGUGGCAGGCCGAAUUGCAGCUCUGGGCGCCCUGUCUGGAGGCCGCGAGGUGGACGAAGACCACGAGCUGUGCCUGGAGGACACCCUGCCGGGCGAGGUGGCGCCACAGAAUCUCCAGGAGGCGCUGGAUGCCGAGCUGGACGAGGAUUCCUUGCCACGCGACCUCGACGCAGAGGAGCUGCUAGAGCAGGUGGAGGCCUCUGAUGCCUCGCAGGAAGGUGCCCUUGCACCAGAAGAGUGGGAAAGCUGGUCCCGACAAGAGCGCGAGAUGUGGGAGCGCAUCAGGCCACGGCAUGUGCGCAGAGAGGCUCAGCAGGUGCAAUCUUUGCGGCUGCCAGGAGCCGUUGUGACGCGGCUCAUGCGGCUGCACCCACAACUGCAAGCAAAGACCGCAGAGGUCAUGGAGGUCUUGAACCUGGCCACGGUCCUUUUGUUGCAGGCCGUGGUGAAGGCCGCUGCUCGUGGCAAAGCUCCAGGCCAGCGCACCUCCUUCGAGGACGUGGUGCGGAUAAAUUUUGCCAAGGGGACGUCGGACGUCCGGUGGAUCAUGUCUGCCGCUCAUCCGACGUGGCGACUCUGGCUCCAGCUGUGGGCUACUGCGAAGGGUCGCGCAGAGGUGACUGCCAUGCGGCUGCAUGCAGCGCGGCAACAUGCCGUGGAGAGGCUGCAGUCUGCAGGCGACUUGAGAUCUGCCCAGGUGAGGCCAGUCCCAGCGGAGCCCGUGACCUGGUCCACCCAGGACGUAAAGGUCCGCGCUGGCUCGGUGCCGUUGGCGCCGGCCAGAGUCAUGCGGGAGGUCCGCCAGGCCACGCCCACACGCUACGAGCCCAUGGGGUGCCAAACGUCGCAGCUGCUCCCUAGGAGGGUCUUCGCGCUUUCACCCACCACCCAGGCCGAUAGCCCUGAGCACGCGCUUUACAGCCCUUCGGGCCCUUCGCAGGAGGCCCUUCCUCUUCCACGUGUCGUUCGCGCGGGCACGCCUGUGAAGCUUCUGAAGGCGGAUGUGGAAGCCGGCACAGGAGGCGUCGCCGCGGCCCAGGCUGGGCCGGCUUUCGGGCAGGAGCCCACGAUCUGCACUGAGCUGCCUUGGCCAGAGGUGCCUACUUUGCCAGGAGCGUGCCACAGGCUUCUACUCGCGUGGAGGCACUAG